GGCGUUUUCAUAGUGUUUAGGGAAAGGCGUGCGCAAAAAGCCUGUGAUAUAGGUUGAGCUAAUAGUGGCUUCCUAUUGAGCAAUGCAGGUCGAGAAUUGCAUCUCGCCGACGAGUGAUCUCUCCAAGAAAUUUAUGAAUGUGGGCAGUGGCUUUUCAAGCUCCAAUGGAUCAGAGCUUUCGUUGCAGGACCAUCCUAUUAUAUCUGCAAGUGACAACCUGGAGAGAAGUUCACCUCUGAAAAAAAACUCCAGGGAGAUGACGAAUCAGUCAGAGGCAGACAAUUUUCCCGACUCCAAGGACGCAUCGGGGGACGUCCAGAGGGGCAAACUCUCUCCUGAUCUUCACGGAGUCUCUGACAUCCGUCAUAAUUUCGAUGGAAUUGCAGGAGAAAGGUGCAUCUUUUCUCCGUCUACCCAGCCGCAGUCAGUCUCAGCAGCACCCAGUGCCAUGUUCCCCUACCCGAGCCAGCAUGGACCGGCGCACCCGGCGUUCUCCAUCGGGAGUCCCAGCCGCUACAUGGCCCACCACCCGGUCAUCGCGAACGGAGCUUACAACAGUCUUCUCACCAACACUUCCCCGCAAGGCUACCCGGCGGCGGGCUACCCUUACGCGCAGCAGUAUGGACACACGUACCAAGGAGGGGCUUUUUACCAGUUCUCCUCGGCGCAGGCGGGACUGGUUCCGGGGAAAGCGCAGGUGUAUUUGUGCAACAGGGCCCUGUGGCUGAAGUUUCACAGGCACCAAACGGAGAUGAUCAUUACAAAGCAAGGACGACGAAUGUUUCCAUUUUUAAGCUUCAACAUUUCUGGCCUUGAUCCAACUGCUCACUACAAUAUAUUUGUGGAUGUAAUACUCGCUGAUCCAAAUCACUGGCGGUUCCAAGGAGGAAAGUGGGUGCCAUGUGGAAAAGCGGACACGAACGUGAUAGGCAAUCGGGUUUACAUGCACCCGGACUCUCCGAACACCGGCGCGCACUGGAUGCGUCAGGAAAUAUCAUUCGGAAAGCUAAAGCUCACAAACAACAAAGGUGCUUCCAACAACACUGGACAGAUGGUGGUUCUCCAGUCUCUCCACAAGUACCAGCCCAGGCUCCAUGUGGUAGAAGUGAACGAGGACGGGACAGAGGACACCAGCCAGCCUGGGAGAGUCCAGACUUUCACCUUCACCGAAACGCAAUUCAUCGCAGUCACAGCCUACCAGAACACCGACAUUACACAACUGAAAAUUGACCACAAUCCAUUUGCCAAAGGAUUUCGGGACAACUAUGACACUGUCUACACAGGCUGCGACAUUGACCGCCUUACUCCAUCACCGGGUGACUCUCCGCGUUCACAGAUCGUGCCGGGUGCGAGAUAUGCCAUGCCUAGCUCUUUCCUGCAGGACCAAUUUGUCAGCACUUAUGCCAAAUCUCGCUUUCACCCUGGCGUGGGGACUGGUCCUGGCACGGAGCGCAGCGUCCCACUCGGCAACAGCUUGCUGUCCCCGCAGCAAAGCGAGGAGCCCACUGUUGCCACCCCCCCGCAGCGAUGGUUUGUCACCCCUGCCAACAACCGACUGGACUUUGCCGCCUCGGCAUACGACGCCGCUGAUUUCGCCGGUAACGCGGCCACCUUGCUGUCCUACGCGGCGGCCGGAGUGAAGGCUCUUCCCCUGCCGGCCGCGGGCUGCUCCAAUCGGCCCCUCGGCUAUUACGCAGACCCGUCUGGCUGGGGGGGACGCACGCCGCCGCAGUACUGCGGCGUAAACGCCAAAUCCGGCUCGGUCUUCUCCUGCUGGCCCGCCAACUCCAUCGGCAGCAGGGCCGGGGCCAGCUACCUGUCCGAGGAGGGCGACUCCAUCACCACGGAGAGGUCCCCGAUCGGCGCGUCGGAGGAGGCCAAACCCAAAGACAUGACGUCCGAGUCGAACUGGAUAGAGACGCCGUCCUCCAUCAAGUCCAUCGAUUCCAGCGACUCUGGCAUCUUCGAGCAGGCCAAACGGAGGAGAAUCUCCCCCUCGGCCACGCCGGUUCCAGAGACAGUGUCCCCGCUGAAGUCAGAGCUGCUGGCCUCCAGGGAGUGUGAGAAAAACUGCACAAAGGACAUCGGUUAUUACAGUUUCUACCCUCACAGUUAAAACAAAGACCUAUCUAUCUAUCUAUCUAUCUAUCUGUCUAUCUGUCUAUCUAUCUAUCUAUCUAUCUAUCUAUCUAUCUAUCUAUCUAUCUAUCUAUCUACAGGUUAAUCAAUAAAAGAAAAAAAAAAUGACGAAGGGACUGUCACAUAUCCACAGUAAUGGCCAAAGUGUAAAUUCUACGACUUCUUUCUUAUUCAGUUCUGCCAUGAGAGUUUGGAGCCUUAUUUCCACACUUGCUGCGUCAGAAUCACUGUAAUUAUUGCAUAUAAUGUAAAUAAUAUCGGACAUUUGGUGAUAGUGAUUGGAUGUACACAAAAAAUAGAUUAAAUCUCAUUCCUAAGUAGUGUUUAAAAAAAAAGAAAGAAAAAAGAUAAGAAGCAUCCUUCUGUUAAGUAGCCUCAACUGUUAGUUACAAAAGGUAUUGAAGAUCUGUACAUUAAAUGUCCUUGUGUAGCAUAUACUGGCACAAUAACCCCUGUCAGUAAAAAAAAAAAAAUACGUAUUUUGUACUUUAUCAAAGCUGUAGGCUACCAAAUGUUUAAAUGACGGUGCCGAUCACCGUUGCGUUCAUGAUUCAUGUGGUUAAAGAAGUUCUAAUGUCGUUUAUGUAGAUCUAGGGCCUUUAUUUAUUUACAUUUAUUUAUUCAUUCAUUUAAUUCAGCCGGUUAUUUUACAUAGCUUUGUUUGCUAUGCUGUUGUGAAAACCCUCUGUAUCUGCUGUAAUGUGACUGAAACUUAAUAAAUGAUGUUAUCAUCAGGA